AUGAGAGGACAUUUCUCCAUCGAGUGGAUGGCCCAGAGCAGCCAGUCAGCAGGACCAGACGCUGUCCCGACCCCCGGAACCACAGCCUGCGGGACACAUUCUGAGAGUCUGCCAGGUUUUUACUGCAGACAAAAGUCAGAAAAUGUACCUGAGCAACAGGAAGAGAGCAGGAGUCAGAGCCCGGAUGCAUACAGCCUGAGCACACCCCAGCACCAGACCUCUCACAGUGAUCAAGUGACAGAGGCCAGUUUCAGCAGCGGGACAGAGGAGGAGACCUCCGGGUAUGAGAGUGAAGGGGGUCACUCCCUCUCCCCCUCGGCCCUUCCUGACUGUGUGUCCACCUCGCCGCCGUCCCCCCCGUCGGGCCGGAAACCUCGCACGGCCUUCACGUCGGAGCAGAUCAGCAGCCUGGAGCGGGCCUUCAAGAGGAACGCUUACCUGGGAACACAGGACAAGGCCGAGCUCUGCAAGAAGCUCAACCUGUCUGACAAACAGAUCAGAAACUGGUUUCAGAACAGACGCAUGAAGCUGAAGAGGACCGUGCAGGACGCCCUGGCUCACGCCUGCCAGGCAAACAUCGCCUCCCAGUUCAUGCAUUAUCCUGAGCUGCAGUCCUACAGGCCGGGACCCUACCCCAGAUACCACUCAGCAGCAGCAGCAGCGCAGGAGGCCCCGUCUGCUGCCUCCUUCGUCCAUCCACACAGUCUGCAGUACAGCUCCCGCCUGUCCAGUGUCCCCACGCGGCCCCUGGACUCCUACCAGUACAGCAGCCUCCCGGGGGUCAUGCUGCCCUCUGCCUCGACUCAACUCAUGGGCUCCUACCCGACUUAUCCCCAGUACUACUAA